GCCCCUGCCCCAAGCCCAAACCCGACAGCCGCCCAACUCUGCGCACCCAGCAAGCCAGCACCUUCUCCGCACUAGGGAAGCUACCCACCUACACCUGAAGCCAAGAUGUCCAGCAAACGGGCCAAGGCCAAGACCACCAAAAAGAGGCCACAGCGGGCCACAUCCAAUGUCUUUGCGAUGUUUGACCAGUCCCAGAUCCAGGAGUUUAAGGAGGCCUUCAACAUGAUUGACCAGAACCGUGAUGGCUUCAUUGACAAGGAGGACCUGCAUGACAUGCUGGCCUCACUGGGGAAGAACCCCACGGAUGAAUACUUGGAAGGCAUGAUGAGUGAGGCCCCAGGGCCCAUCAACUUCACCAUGUUCCUUACCAUGUUUGGGGAGAAGCUGAAUGGCACAGACCCCGAGGACGUCAUCCGCAACGCCUUUGCCUGCUUUGACGAGGAGGCCUCAGGUUUUAUCCACGAGGACCAUCUACGGGAGCUGCUCACCACCAUGGGUGACCGCUUCACAGAUGAGGAAGUGGACGAGAUGUACCGUGAGGCACCCAUUGAUAAGAAAGGCAACUUCAACUACGUGGAGUUCACCCGCAUCCUCAAACAUGGCGCCAAGGACAAAGACGACUAGGCACCCCAGGCCUCCCAACACCCAGGCCCCCAUCCCAGUCACCCCCUCUCCCCCACACGUCUGUACCAGCUCCAUGCCCACGACCCUACAAGACCCUUCAAGGAGUUAGGGUCCCAGCUCCCAGUGGAGGCAACAGAGCAAGAGAAGUGCAGUGCCGGCCCAGGGCUGGUGUUCCCACCAUGACCCCAGAGACCUGAGAGGGAGUCUUUGACCCCCUCCAAGGAGAUACCAUCUUCUGGGGAGAUGGGCCAGAAGCACCAAGAAAAGGCUCCUCAACAGAGUGCAGGCCUCAGUGUAGCCUGCCCAUUCCUAGGCUGCCACCCAGCAGGAAGGGGCCCUGUGUGCCCCCCAAGAGGAAGAGGCUCUGUGUCCUUGUAUUGGACACCAUUUUGUGUGCACCUACACACAAACAUAAGCUCACCAAAGUCCCCCCUCAGAGGACAGGACACCAGACCCCUCCCCUGCACCAUGUCCAGCCACCAGAGCAUGCCCACUCACCACGGGACUGUGUUCCAGACGACGCAUGUAAAGUGGAUGUUUAUCCCAGGGGAGGCAGAAUCUCUAAUAGAAAGCUGAGCACUG